AUGUUUGCCAAGAAAGCCGCUGCCAGUUUAGCCAAGAAGGGAGGUCUAUCGUUGCUUUCCACAGCAGCAAGGAGAACCAAAGUCACUCUACCGGACUUGAAGUGGGACUUUGGCGCCUUGGAACCCUAUAUUUCCGGUCAAAUCAACGAAUUGCAUUACACAAAGCACCAUCAAACUUACGUGAACGGGUUCAACACCGCUGUUGACCAAUUCCACGAGCUUUCAAAUCUUUUGGACAGGGACCCAAGUCCAGCAAACGCAAGAAAAAUGAUUGCUAUCCAACAGAACAUCAAGUUCCACGGCGGCGGUUUCACAAACCAUUGUCUGUUCUGGGAGAACCUGGCUCCAGAGUCGCAAGGCGGCGGUGAGCCUCCCACGGGCGCCUUAGCAAAGGCAAUUGACGAGCAGUUUGGCAGUCUGGACGAUUUGAUCAAGUUGACCAACACCAAACUGGCGGGCGUGCAGGGUUCCGGGUGGGCCUUCAUCGUCAAGAACCUCUCCAAUGGAGGUAAGCUGGACGUUGUCCAAACCUACAACCAGGACACCGUCACCGGGCCCUUGAUUCCGCUAGUUGCCAUCGACGCCUGGGAACACGCCUACUACCUACAAUACCAAAACAAGAAGGCCGACUACUUCAAAGCUAUCUGGAACGUCGUCAACUGGAAAGAAGCCUCCAGAAGAUUCGACGCUAACAAGAUUUAA